AUGGAUAUUUAUCAUGAUGAAUUGGAUGGUGCAAAUAAUUACGACAACCAAAUUAUUGAAGAAGAAAUGGAGCUUAGAAGAGGUCCAUGGACUCUUGAAGAAGACCUCGCUCUCAUGAAUUACAUCACCCAACACGGGGAAGGUCGAUGGAAUUCCCUUUCUCGAUCCGCAGGUCUAAAUAGAACUGGAAAGAGCUGUAGAUUGAGAUGGUUGAACUAUUUACGCCCAGAUGUACGACGUGGAAAUAUCACUCUUGAAGAACAGCUUUUGAUUCUUGAACUCCAUUCUCGAUGGGGAAAUCGGUGGUCGAAAAUUGCUCAACAUUUGCCUGGUAGAACUGAUAACGAGAUCAAGAACUACUGGAGAACACGAGUGCAGAAACACGCUAAACAGCUCAAAUGCGACGUGGACAGCAAGAGAUUCAAGGACACCAUGCGUUAUAUUUGGAUGCCAAGAUUAGUUGAGAGAAUUCAGGCAGCCGCUGCAGCCGAUGGUGCUUCCGCCACCACCACCCAAUACCAACUCAACAGCCAUAACAAUUCUAGUAUGGACAACAUGGCCUCAAGCCAAAAGAUUCUGCCAGUGCCACAGGCUGACAAUAGUAACAUGUUAGGCAACUACGGUGGCGACAUCCUGGUUAACGCAAACACCACCAGCUACACGGUGGAGAAUUCUAGCACAGCCGGCUCAUCGGACUCAUUUGGCACCCCAGUUUCAGACCUCACAGAUUGUUACAAUUAUCCAGUUAAUCAGAGCACGAAUCAAGAUUACUAUCCUGGUAAUCAGCUAGCCUAUGGAGAAACCUUAACCGGCCCUGCUGGUUACUUUAACCAAGGGUCAGAUUUCACAGUUAUGGAGCCAAACAAUCAAUGGAUGGACGAUGGUAACAUAUAUGACAAUUCGUGGAAUGUUGAUGACAUGUUCUUACAACAGCAAUUCAACAACCAUUUUUAUGGAAUAAAUUGA